GGAUCGUCAUGUUUCCAAAUAAGGAAACCACGGCGAUGGCGCACAUAUGUAAACACCGUGCCUGAUGAAUCAUAUGUACAAUAUAUUGUAGGCCGACUGUAGCCAUGUAAGUCACCCCACGGGUCGCGGGCUUCACGGUGAUACAUCUCACCACCUGAGCUGUUAAACGAUUAGAAUCUGUCGUUUGUAAAAAGACUGGACAUAGAGCACUGGCUAACACAAUUCAGACAGGUCCCAUUGGAACCAAUUUCUUUGAUAUUUUUUGCACUCUUCAAUGAAUAUCUACUAAGCCAUUGAAGGAGCUUGAUCUGGCCGGCGUGCCAGUACCAGGUUUAUAUAAACCAGGCGGGGCUGGGAACAACGACGCGGAUCGGGGAAGAACCACGAGCCCAGUGUGACAGCAGUGCAGAAAUCUGAAGCCGUAACACCGUGAGCAGAGCCCCUACCGAUGUACAAAAACAAUGGCCACGUAUGAUGAAGACAUUGCCCUGGUUGUGGACAGCGGCUCCGGCAUGUGUAAGGCCGGGUUUGCGGGGGACGACGCGCCCAGGGCCGUCUUCUCGUCUGUUGUAGGACACCCUCGCUAUCAGUCUCUGAUAAAAGGAAUGGGGAAAAAAGGCAGUUACGUGGGUGACGGAGCCCAACAGAAAAGAGACGUCCUGUCACUCAAGUACCCCAUCGAGCACGGCAUCGUCACAAACUGGGACGACAUGGAGAAGAUCUGGCACCACACCUUCUACAACGAGCUGCGUGUCGUUCCCGAAGAACACCCCAUUCAACUGUCGGAGGCUCCGCUCAACCCGAAAGCCAACAGGGAAAAGAUGACACAGGUCAUGUUCGAGACGUUCAACUUUCCGGCCGUGUAUGUCGCUAUCACAGGCAUACUGUCCAUGUACGCCUCCGGUCGCAACACAGCGAUCGUGGUGGACUCCGGGGACGGCGUGACCCACACCUUGCCGGUCACCGAAGGGUACACCCUGCCUCCUAGCACUCUGCGUCAGGACCUGGCCGGGAGGGACCUGACGGACAACCUUAUGGGGAUAUUAGGAAAGAGGGGAUACAGCUUCAGUAGCACAGCUGAGAGAGAAAUCGUCCGUGACAUCAAGGAGAAGUUGUGCUACGUCGCCCUGGACUUCGAGCAGGAGAUGGUCACGGCCGCCUCCAGUUCCAGUCUGGAGAAGAACUACGAGCUGCCGGACGGACAGGUCAUCACCAUCGGUAACGAGAGGUUCCGCUGCCCAGAGGCGCUGUUUCAACCUUCCUUCAUUGAUAUUGACUUACUUGCGUAUGGCAUCCAUGAACUGACGUAUGACGGCAUCAUGCGGUGCGACAUCGACAUCCGUAGGCAUCUGUAUCCUAACAUAUUCUUGUCGGGCGGCAAUACCAUGUUCCCCGGCAUCGCCGACCGUAUGCAGAAGGAGAUCACCGCCCUGGCACCCAGCACCGUGAAUAUCAGGGUCAUCACUCCUCCCGAUAGGAAGUACUCCGUGUGGAUCGGCGGGUCCAUCCUGGCCUCCCUGUCCACCUUCCAACAGAUGUGGAUCAACAAGCAAGACUACGACGAGUCCGGGCCUUCCAUCGUCCACCGUAAAUGUUUUUAGAUAUUCUAUGCAUUAUGUCAAAUGUCGCCAGUAAAAUUCAUUUCGAGAUGCCAUAUUCAUUCAUCCUCCUUAUUUCUUAUAAAAAGCUACAUACUGUGCAUUGUACGGUACUUUCUCUUGUGUUUAGUCAGAAAAACAAUUGGUAGCACAAUAACAAGAGGAAAUAUGAUGCAAGCUGUAUAGCUAUAUGAUACUUUUUGUUACAAUGAUAACAUAAAAUAUCUAGCUCAACCUGUUGUAUUUAUUAUGUAUCUUUGCAGUUAAAGUCCAAAGUUUUAAAUAUGCUCUUGUAUGAUUGACGGCGUUCGUUGUCCUAUUGUCUUUUCGGACGCAAACACACACUCCAUAAUUAGUCUAAAGAUGUCCAUAGCAAAACAAAUAAAGUUUUUUUUUUUUUGUAUUUC